CAUUCCUCUCUCCCUCCAAUCUGAACCCCUAAACCAUUUCUUCUUCUUCUUCUUCUUCACUGACCCUUUCCAGCGGGGACUUCGUUUCUCUCUACUUGCUCAUAGCCAUUUCUGUUCCCUUUGAAGAUUGAAUCACUUCCUCGAUUCUUCAUCGAGGCCGUCAGCCUCCGAUUUUGCUGGAAAUCUGGCUCGGUCCACCUCGUUGAGGCAAAUCGUCGAGCUCCUUGAGGACGUCUCUUGAUCUAUGCGAUGGAGUGCGCUGCUAUCUGUUCCACGCUUCCAUUGUUCUCUCGCCGCCCACGGAAAUCCGCUUAUUCAGUAGCUUCAGGUGUCUCCGCAGCCGCAUUUCGGGGGAUUCCGGAUGAAGAUAUCGGGAGAUUGUUUCUCCGUCAUGGCUGGCGUAGGCUGAAUCGAAUUGAGAGCCCCGUGCGAGUCAGGGCCGCACAGAAAAGCUCCCGAGAGGAUGCUGGCAGUGAGGAAUCGGAUAAUGCUUUGGAGAAGGCUGUUGAAAAGAGCAAGAAGGUUUUAACUUUGCAAAAGGACCUACUUCAGCAGAUUGCCAAGAGAAAGGAAUUAGUAUCUUCAAUAAAAACUAGCCUGCUUGACCCAAAAAGUAGUCUAGAUGAUUGGGAGGACAGUUUUGCAGACAAUGAUAAAGAGUAUGAUGGAUUAUUAUCUACUUCGAGUGCUCAAUCAGCGCAUGGCUUGGAAGAAUAUCCACAGUCUGUUCCAAGUGAACAUUUUGUUGAAAAUGAUAAAGUAGGUAAAAAGAACCUACCUUUAACAACGACUACCUUGAACAAAGGUUCAGACAAGAUACUCCGAAAAAGAAACCCAAAGAGUGUAGAAUCUAAUGUAAAACCAGCUUCACUAUCAAAUUUGUCUUCGAGUUUAAGUCAAUCAACUUCUUCAACUACAAAAACUGCCCCUGGGACUGUGAACUCCAGUAAUAUUGCAGUACUGGAUUUGGAUUCUCAAACAAAUUUGAAACCGUCUUCAAGAGAGAUACCAUUGACUGAUGUUCCAUCCUCAAAGGCAUCUGCAUCUGCUAGUGAACAUGAGAAAAGAGAUCUUAGUGUUUCAUGUUCAAAGGAAAUAGGUGAUGGGACCGGAGAUCCUUCAGGUGUAGCCUUGAAGCCGCCUCCACUGGCAGGGGCCAAUGUUAUGAACAUAAUAUUAGUUUCUGCAGAGUGCGCUCCUUGGUCUAAAACAGGUGGGCUAGGAGAUGUUGCUGGAGCACUACCCAAGGCUUUGGCUCGGCGUGGACACAGAGUCAUGGUUGUGACACCUCUCUAUGGAAACUAUGGUGAACCUCAACAUGCAGGAGUUCGAAAAAUGUACAAGGUUGAUGGCCAGGACAUGGAAGUGAAUUAUUUUCAAGCCUACAUUGAUGGUGUGGAUUUUGUGUUCAUUGAUAGUCCAAUCUUACGGCAUAUCGAGAACAACAUAUAUGGAGGAAACAGUAUGGACGUUUUGAAACGCAUGGUCUUAUUUUGCAAAGCUGCUGUUGAGGUUCCAUGGCAUGUUCCUUGCGGUGGUGUUUGCUAUGGAGAUGGGAAUUUGGUGUUCAUUGCAAAUGAUUGGCAUACUGCAUUACUGCCAGUCUAUCUGAAAGCAUAUUACCGUGACAACGGACUAAUGAAAUUCACUAGAUCUGUUCUUGUCAUUCAUAACAUAGCUCACCAGGGUCGAGGGCCUAUGGAUAAUUUUUCAUAUGUGGGCCUACCAAGUGAAUACGCAGAACUUUUCAGGCUCUACGAUCCAUUAGGAGGCGAACAUUUCAACAUAUUUGCAGCAGGUCUGAAGACAGCUGACCGUGUGGUCACAGUGAGCCAUGGAUAUGCCUGGGAACUUAAAACUCCAGAAGGUGGAUGGGGUUUGAACGGUCUAAUAAAUGAGAAUGAUUGGAAACUGCAGGGGAUUGUCAAUGGCAUAGAUACUAAAGAGUGGAAUCCCCAAUUGGACUGUCACUUAAAAUCUGAUGGCUAUGUAAACUACUCCCUGGACACAUUGCAGUCCGGCAAAUCUCAGUGCAAGGCAGCAUUGCAAAGGGAGCUCAAUUUGCCCGUCCGAAACGAUGUCCCUUUAAUAGGUUUCAUUGGGAGGCUUGACCACCAAAAAGGAGUCGAUCUGAUAGCUGAGGCAAUUCCUUGGAUGAUGGGUCAAGACGUGCAGCUGGUCAUGCUAGGCACAGGAAGGCCUGACCUUGAAGAGAUGCUCAGGCAGUUUGAGAAUCAAUACGGCAGGGACAAGGUCAGGGGAUGGGUUGGUUUUUCAGUAAAGACAGCACACCGGAUAACUGCUGGUGCAGACAUUCUACUGAUGCCAUCAAGGUUCGAGCCUUGUGGGCUUAACCAGCUCUAUGCUAUGAGCUAUGGGACGAUUCCAGUCGUCCAUGCUGUGGGAGGUCUUAGAGACACAGUGCAGCCCUUUGAUCCGUUCAAUGAUUCGGGCUAUGGAUGGACGUUCCAAAGAGCUGAGGCUAACCAGCUGAUUGAUGCUCUGGGCAACUGUUUAUUAACAUACCGCCAGUACAAGCAGAGUUGGGAGGGGCUCCAGAGGCGUGGCAUGAUGCAAGACUUGAGCUGGGAUCACGCUGCCGCCAAGUACGAGGAAGUUCUUGUCGCUGCUAAGUAUCAAUGGUGAUAUCAGAUAUCAGUCUAACUAUCAUUUGGCCAGGAGUGACUUCCAUCGCCUCUAGCCAGUCACUGCUUUGUAUUUUGUGAUAUAGGCUCCUUUAGAUGUCUGAAUUGACAUCAAAUUUAUCUUUUCUUGUAAUAUAAUCCCUCCAUCCACAAAGAACUUCACACUUUUUUUUAUGAGUUUGGUACAAACGACAUUGGCAACCAGUGUUAUCCCAGGAUGACACUAGUCAAUUUCAGCACCCCGGGGUGCUCCGUUUUACCCCGAAGUAGUUCUUACUCCUACCAACCCCCCAUAAAACCUCGCACCGUAACCCGCCCCUUGCCCAUCCGCCCAUUACUCAUUCGGAGAUUUCCAAAAAAAGUAAGAAAUCUACCUUAUUUAA